AUGGCUUUCACUCCCAUGUACUGGUUAUAUAGCAUCUUCCAGUGGAUUAUCGAUAAGAUCUUUAGCCCACAUCCGCCAGCACCCGGAGCUCGAUUGUCGCGCCCGAAGAUAGCUGUGAUCGGUGCUGGACUUACAGGUGUCUCGGCGGCCAGCCACUGCGUCGGCCAUGGUUUUGACGUGACAUUGUUCGAGGCGGGAGGACCGGACCAUGUCGGUGGUAUCUGGACGGAUGUGAACAACACUUCCGGGCUGCAAAUAUCCAGUAUCAUGUACAGGUUCCAUCCAUCGAUUAAAUGGUCUGAAGGUUACCCAAAGCAGAACCAGAUCGUGGGCCAGAUCCAACAGCUGUGGCAUCGGUAUGGUCUCGACGAAAAGACCGUCUUCAACACUCGGGUCGAAAAGGUCUACAAAGACAAGCAAGGACGGUGGAUCAUCAAUGAUCCCUCACAGGGCCGCUUCGAUGGGGUCAUCGCCGCUGUCGGCACUUGUGGAGCCCCAAAGAUGCCUCAUUUGCCUGGUCAGGAGAACUUCAAAGGCGAUGUCUACCAUUCCUCGCAACUUGACGGCAAGGACGCUAAAGGGAAAAAUGUCUUGAUCAUCGGUGGUGGAGCGAGUGCUGUCGAGGCCCUGGAAUGGGCUGUCGGCACCGGAGCCGCGCAGAUUAAGGUGUUAUCAAGAAGCGACAAGUGGAUCAUCCCGAGAAACGCCGUUGUUGACGGUCUCCUAGCUUUCAACAUCUUUGGGCAGGAGACUCUGUUCUCAUGGAUCCCGGAAACUAUCCUUCGUCUCUUCUUCUACCGCGAUCUGAAAGACCUCGCGCCGCCGGAUAAAGGUCUCUUCACCGAAACGCCAAUGGUCAACUCGGAGAUCUUCAACCAAAUCCGAGCAGGAAAGGCCCAGUGGCUCCGUGGUGAUAUCGAAGAAGUCAAAGAGAACGGCAUCUGGUUCAAUCAGCGUGCCCAGGGAGUGCCAAAAGGUGGUAUUGGCCAACAGAAGCUUGUCGAAGGUGACAUUAUCCUCAUGGCAACUGGCUACAAACGACCGACCUUGAACUUCCUGCCAGAAGAGGUGUUCAAAGAGCCUUAUGGUCCACCAAGGUGGUAUCUGCAAGUCUUCCCUCCGGCGCACCCCAGCAUCUGCGCCAACAACUGCACCUAUGUGAACGCUAUCGGCACAGUCGGUAACUACCACAUCGGCAUUUACACGCGGAUGUUGCUCAUGUUCCUCGUGGACCCGCUAACGACGCCUCGAACCUGGUGGAUGAAGCGAUGGGUUGAUAUGACGUCCACCAUCAAGUCCCUGGCCCCGACUAAGGCUUUUGACUUUUUUACCUACUCUGAGCUCAUCUACUGGUUUGUGUUCGUUACACUCAUCAAUCCUUUCAGGUGGAAGUGGGGUCUUUUCGUUCUCUUUGGCAUCGGCAAGGGACUGCCUGCAAGCAUCGUGGCCCAGGAGGACAAACUGAGGAACGGGCGGAGGAAGGCGAGCCAUAUGGACUAG